UGUGCGCGGAUUAAAAACCAGCUAAUAGAGACAGCAUUUUAGUAUUUUUCAUUUCUGCUCUGACACUGGAUCCUGAUAUGACUUGAUUUCACAGAAAGAUGUUUGUGGAUGAUGGAGAGGCAGCUUUUUGUGCCGCUUUGUUUUUAUUCCAUGGAUAGGCCUAUUUAAGUUGAUUAAAUAGUGUAAAAUGCUGCGGGUGAAGUGAAUAAGAUGAAGAGAAGGAGGCAAAAAUGCGUCUUUGUGGCAACACCUGUCGUCUGAUGGUUGGAUAACUGCUGCUGCGCGUCUGCUGGAGAUGGAGCCGCUUUUAUUUUGGGUUUUCAGAAGACGAGAAACGCGCCUGGUGGAUGAAUAUUUGAGUGAUUUCAGAGUGAUCUCCAGGCUUUACUUUGAGCUCAAUGACAGGGGAAUCUGACGAGGGAAGGUGGAGGGAUGGAGAAUGCAAGUCAGCUCAAACCAACGCCUGUCAUCUACGGAGAGCUGUUGAACAUCUCCGCCAACUACACCCAUGCCAAUUUCACGUCGAAAACGGAGAAGGACAGUAACGUGGCUUUCCAGGCGGGUCUAGCCGUGACCUUAGCCCUCAUAACUUUCGCCACGACGCUUUCAAACGCGUUCGUCAUCGUCACCAUUUACCAGUCCCGAAAAUUACACACCCCGGCAAACUUUCUGAUCGCCUCCCUGGCCGUCACGGACCUCCUGGUGUCCAUUUUGGUGAUGCCGAUCAGCGCGCUGUACACGGUCAGCCAAACCUGGACACUGGGGCAGGUGGUGUGCGACAUAUGGCUGUCCUCGGACAUAACGUGUUGCACCGCGUCCAUCCUCCACCUGUGCGUAAUUGCGCUGGACCGCUACUGGGCCAUCACGGACGCGGUGGAGUACUCCAAGAAGCGCACGCCGGGGCGCGCAGCCGGGAUGAUCGCCACCGCCUGGGUGAUCGCCAUCUCCAUCUCCCUGCCGCCUUUCUUCUGGCGCCAAGUGAAAGCAGAGGAGGUGACGACCUGCAACGUGAACACCGACCACAUUUUCUACACCAUUUACUCCACCUUCGGCGCUUUCUACAUCCCCACGCUGCUGCUCAUCGCCCUGUACGGGAGGAUUUACGUGGAAGCCCGUAAGCGCAUCCUGAAGCAGUCGCACAACAAGCCGGGGAAAAGACUCACCUCCGCGCACCUGAUCACCAACUCCCCCGGCUCGGUGGCGUCCACGACCUCUCUGAACUACGGGACGAACGACACCUCCUCCUGUGACACUACCUCGCCCGCGAACGUGAGCCAAGUCAAAGUCACUGUGUCCGACGCGCUGCUGGAGAAGAAGCGGAUCUCCGCCGCCCGGGAGAGGAAGGCGACCAAAACUUUGGGAAUAAUCCUGGGAGCCUACAUCAUAUGCUGGCUCCCGUUUUUCAUUUACACUCUUCUAGUGCCUGUCUGCGAGUCCUGCUUCCACCCGGAGUUAUUUGACAUUUUCACCUGGCUGGGUUACCUCAACUCCUUAAUCAACCCCAUCAUUUACACCAUGUCCAACGAGGACUUUAAACAGGCUUUCCACAAACUAAUACGGUUUAAAUGCUGCAGGGCAUAAACGCUUAUUACCAGCCACAGAAAUAACCCCUCCUCUCUCUAACCAUCUGUAUAAUGCCAGUCAAACUCCCCAUCACCCCACAAACAUUUCCCUCUACAAGGUUCCCCCCUUGAGGGCAAAAUCCCCAACAUCCAGAUUGUUUAUGAUAAUGUGGCUGCAGAAUGAGCGUUCAGCUGAUAGAUGGUGCAGAGGACUGUGGAAAUGCAUUGACCCGCCAUUCAGUCUGCAUUGUGCUAUCUGAUGGCGCUGUCUAAUGAAUGGCUGUCAUUUCCCAGCCAUUGGAGAGGAGGAGAAAUGUCGGUGGAUGUGAUGAUGUGGAAGCUACGUGACUGGUUUGCAGUUGAUAUGUAAUGACUUGGAGGAAGCCCAUAGCCCCAGGUGCAGGGCCCCCCACCCUUACCCCCGCCUGUACGUGCUGCACUGGACUGUAGCCUACAGACUCACAUUGCCAUAUGAGUUUGACAGUCAACAUCAGUUGGCUUGUAAGCACAAGCAGCUUAGGUUAGCUAAGCUGACCAUGAGCCCCAAGGGCAAAAAAUACAAUUUGUGUUUCAUUUUCCUGACUCAAUAAGGGGAAAUACUGGUGCCUACAACAUGUUUAUUUUAGUUCCUCAGACGUGCCUGGCCCAGAUGGAGAGAAAAGCACGAGUUCAGUCAGAGAAAAAAACAUAAAGAUUUGGUUUAUUCUCGUGGCCAGUGCAUGCAUUUUCUUUAAUUUUAUUGCUGGAGUUCAAGGCUCCAAAAUGAGUGUAAAUGUACGAAUCUGUAUGCAUCAGUGUGACUUUACCUUAAUUUGCUGAAGAGUCUGGAUUUUGCUCAAUUGAAUGGGUAUUACACUGUAAUAUAGUGCAAACUGCAGAGCCCGACGCUAUCUACCAGACCUCUUGUUAAAAGAUGAAUUGUUAAUUGUUAAUAUUAGCUGUGAUGUUCCAUUUCAUGUCAGGCUAAAACAAACACAAAUCCAGAUCUAGUCGAAACAGGCUUGACGACCCAGGGUUCCUACAGUCACCUCUUGGAAUUUGGCAUUUGCGUCUUCCACACCUAGAAAAGUUGUGGAAGAUGAUUUUUUUUUUUAAGCGCUGGAAAAUGUCACGGUAUUCUGAUCAAAAUCUCCCCCCUUUUUUUUUCCUCCCACCAAACUGUCACAUGUUAAAUGUCAAGCUUUAGCAGCUGUUGAUCCCUUUAAAAGAGCAUUUUUUUGAAGAAAAAAAUAUCAAACUGAAAAAACUCUAAAUCUGUUUGCGUUGCAGAAAAAAAUAUGCAAAAGCUGUAACAACAACAACAACAACAACAACAAGAAAGUAAUGGUGUUGGAAAUCAUGCUACUCAUGUCCAAGGCUGCAGCUGAAGUCAUGAAGUCAGGAAAUAUGGGGGGUUAAAAGUUAAGGAGUAUAAAUUACAUAUGAAGCAUCAGCUCUGCAAUUUCUUGAAAUCAAAGUUCUUAAAUUUGAGUAUUUUUAGGCCAAAUUAAAUAUAAAUUACACUAUAAAUAAAUUGUACUUAAGGUCAUUUGCUCUACUGGAAUUUAAGUCUUGAUAUUGUGGUGAAGACAUCAAGGAGAUAAAAUUACAUAAAGUAUGAUUUAAAAGUUAAAUAAAUGUAUUAAAUAUUUAGGGAUUACUGGGAAAAUUGACUUCAGUAUUUUUAAAAUCCUGGCUUCGCUGGUCAUGCAAUGAAUUAGCGUGUGAUCUCAGAAAUGUGUAGGAACCCUGUCCUGUUGAUUUUAAGGAAGAGUUGUGGGGUAAUGGGCCAAGAGUUAGAUGAGACAGUUGAUGUCACUCUCAUGUCUGCGUGUUAAAAAGAGUUUUGAUGCUUUCCUACAAAACUGUCGGACUCACGAUGGACGUUUGUUUUAAAGGAUCAAAAUCGAUGCAGCAGCACCAGAGAUAUCUUCUUUUGUCAUUCCACACGUUCUUCUUCCCAGUCAAAACAUGGCGCCUACGUUACCCACAAUGCAACGCAACCAUCAACAGUUUGGUCGGAGAUUCGGAUGUAUCGUGCUAGUAGCGGCUAAUGUAGCCUGUAGCAGGGACGAGCAGCAGCUACUGGUAAGCUCACGUCUUUCUAAAUCCACGCCAACAGAUUGGUUUCAUUUUCAAACUUGACUCAAGUGACAUCACUCGAGGACUUUUAGUAGACUUUACACAGCUUUCUUUGAGACACUAAAGACUUUAUAUUAAAAUUUAUGCAGUAGAACUUCCCAACCAACACAUUCAAGAACGCAAGGCAUCGCUUUUUUAUGCCCAUGUUCAGGUUCGUUUUUCAACGUUUAGUGCUCUGCGGUCAAGUUAGCGACAAUAAUUAUGCAACGUCCGGUUAGACUUUCAGAAUAAACGUGUAAAUGUUGCAAAAUGUCUUAAUUUUGAAAUGGCACGUUGUGAAACGCAGUAAUUUGGUUUGGUUUAGGCAACAAAACUACUUGGUUAGGUUUAGAAAAAGAUCACAGUUAAAAUAACUACAUUACUUAUGUCAGUUAAUUUACAUUUACAUACAUACACAACUUACGUAAUGUAACUUACGCAACUUACAUAAUACUUACAAUACUCUGUCUUAUCUGUUGAAUAUCCCUCAGCUACCUUUAGCAUUCAAUAGUGACGCAACCGGGCUUCACCAAGUGUGUUGAACUUUGACACCACCGAGAACGCGUUGGUCCAACACCUGGAAUAUUAUCCGAGCUUAGCAUAAAGACUGGAAGCAGUCUGCUGACUAACACACCAAAAGCUCAGUAACACUUACCACAUUUGUUUAAUCUGUAUACUGUUUUUACAUUUCAGUUUGGUUAAUUGGUGAGCAGGAGGUGUAUUUCAGUCACUCCGAGAUUUCGCUGGCCUGCUUUGUGAUUGUUGCCUAAAAUGCCUAAUUUUGAGAUGUUUUGGGGCAUUUUUUUGCGACGUAAUUGUAGUAAUAAGUGAAAACUACAAAAAUAGAUGUGAUUUUUUUUAACGUUAGAUUUAGAGUUGAAUCAUUAAACAGUCCCUCCAGGAUUUGGCGGGCCCAACCCUGCAUAAUUUAAACCAGUUUACCCUGAUUCUUUCAGUGCUUGCAGCUGACAGGGACGCAGCAGCCUGUGUCUCGGUGAUUUGUCUCGUCUGACGUCCUCCAUGAGUUUCUGCAACUCUCCAUGUACGUUUUGUGUCAAUACACAAUUUCUUUUAUGUUCGACCACAAUGCUUUUUUGUCAGCAAAUGUGAGACGUUGGUUACAAACAUGUUUGCUGGGACUUGUAAACAAAGAAGUGAGUUUGCUGACGUGUGACAAUGUUUUGCGCCAAACAGCACCAAUCAGAUUUGGUAAGAUUUGUGUAAAAAUUUAGGAGAUUUGUCAAAAUUUAAUGUGAAGGAAUUUACAGGGAUGUGUUGAAUUUGUUUUAAUAGUUGCCAUGGUGACAUCAUGAAAUCCUGGAUGGGCUGAUGUUUUAAACGUUGGACAAAGCCAGGCUAGCUGUUUCCCUUUUGUUUAUGCUAAGCUAAGCUAACUACCAGUUGACUCUGGCUUCACUCAGACAUGAGAGUGGCAUCUUUCUGUUUAUCUAACUGUAAAGCUAAAAAAAACGAUUUACUAAAAUAUGAACCUAGUCCUUUAACACGGCUCUCCUGGAGCAUAAAAAUUAAAAGAGGGGGAAAAAAUGACUAAUAGUCUCUGGAGAAAUUUAGGAAGCAGCCACACAACAGCUGCAGGGAGUUUGUUGCACCGGUAGAAGCAGAAAGAGUCUCUCUAAAAUACAUUUUUCUAUAAAAACAGAAUAAUACAUGACAGAAAGUCCUGCUGUAGGAUGGCCAUCCCCCUCACAUCAAAGAGAACUGCCAGAGCACCGUGACGACGCUGGCUCCCACCUUUGGUGACUUUUUCGGCAGCCAUGUUGAAUGUUAGAGCCAAAUCACGACGUGGACGUACUGUAGCCAUCCUGCUCUACUGCGGCUCUGUGAUGAAUAGCCUCUUUGUGUACAGUAUUGAUCAGCUCAGUGUGAAACUCAUCUGGUGGCUCUGUCAAAUCCAAAUGGAAGUUGCAUUUCAUCCAGGUUAGCUUCUGCUGUACAACGCUUCUGCACACAUUGGCGAUGCACUGUAACUGCUCUGCUCUGGAGGAUGAAAUCCAACCCACUUGGAGCACAAAAAAGCACUGCUGCUGUUGUGAAAACUGAAAAAAUAAAAAUCAAUAAAAGGUCUAUGGCAUCAUGAGGUUACGAUAGUUGGCCCACGUUCUCAUUUUUCUGAUUAAACAUCUGUUUUAAACGUGAUUCUGAGGCACAAGUACUGCAAACAAUGUGUGAGAAAGAGAGGGUUGACAUUUGUUUUAUCUUUGUCAGAAUCUGCUGUGGUAUUUUAAUCUGCUUGGCGGUGAUGAAACGCUACACAGAUGUGAGCUGAUGGAUGUGCUGCGUGACGGCGUUAACGGUUCGUAACUUAAUCAGCAGGAGAAAAUAUAUCCAUGAGGAAAAUGUCAGUUAUGAAAGCGUAAUGAAAUGCACGCCUGCUUCCUUUCUGCAUUUUUCUUCUGCACAUCUGAAUCUGUGCACGAGGGGGAUAAUAUAUUAAUGUGCACAGCUCAGUGUACAUACAGUCUAACGAGGGUUCCUUCACUCUGCGGUUCACUAUUGUGUUACAGUGUGUAGGUUUGGUGCAGUUUUUUGCAUUUGGGACUUCAUGUGACGUGCACUAAGUACUAAAUGUAUGAAAUCCUUUGCUUUCUUUUUGUUUAAUAGGAAAGUAAUAUUUUAAAAUUGCAAUUUGAUGGAAGUCUAAAAGCACUCAUUUUGUAUAAUUGUAUGUGGACUUUUUUUGUGUGCUAACUGCAAAACAGAAUGCUAUUACAAUUAGUAUUUAGAAGAUGGAUUUGGGAGAAAACAUCAGUCUAGCUCUGUGGGAACCGGUACAUCAGAAUUAAAAAUUUACUGGUGAUAGACUGGUGACCUGUCCAACGUGUUCCCCACAGUGCAUGCUGGGAGCAACACAUUCUCUCUCCAAACUGGUCACAUAUGGACGCUUGGUCAAGAUCCGUUGGCGUCGCUUUUUAGGACCAGUUUGACUUUCAAAAUAAAAGUACUUGUUAAGAUUGUGAAACAUGACAAUUUGGUUAGGUUUGGGCACCAAAAGUACUUGGUUGGGUUUAGGAGCAACAGAGUUUAGCUCCAGGUAGCUCACGGGAGACUCCCGUUUUUCAUUGUCCUGUCACGGGUCACAUUUCUCCCGAAUUAUGACAAGUUUUCACCACUUUCUGUUAUUUAUUCUGGUUUCUGGCGCUGUACAACGAAACUUCCCUACAACUCAGUCACUCUAUCUUUCCCCACUGUGUCCGCUCGGAUAAACAGUAUUUACAUAUCUCAGAAGAGAGCUUGUGACCCGGUGGAUUUCAGGUGUAAGAAAGGGAAGUUGUGAGCAGAUGAUAGCAAAGUAGAGGAGGAAGAGAGCCACAUGUUUAAUAAAGGCUUUUGUGGAGCUUUUUCGUUCACUGUGGCUCCCUCUACAACUGUAGAACUGUGACAACAGCUGCUCUAGAGUGACGCCAGAGAGUGUCCAGACUGAGGUCGCAUUUAAAAAGAUCCGCACAUUUGGAAGUGG